AUGGAUAAGUGGACCAAAUUGGAAUAUGAGAAGGAAGUUGGUUUGAAGCCGGCCACCUUUCUUGCCUUGACAUUACGGACGAAAGCUCAGCAAGGAUUUAUCGGAGUUACAGGGCGGUGCGCCGAGGACCUAUUCGUACAAAUCUACAGCCACAGCUCCAAGGCAACCUCCCCACAGCCUCCGGUGGAGCCAACUUACGAAUCCCUACCACUCGUCUCUUCAUACGAAACACAAAAGUCCAAGGCAACCUUCCUGCGGUAUCCGGUUGAGGGAAGCAGCUAUGAAACAAUUUCGCAUCAACCUUGGGUUGAAGAUGAGCCUUCGGAAGCUACCACUCCUUUUGAGACAAAUAGCUCUCUACCAGAAACUCAUGAUGCAACCCGCUUGGGCUCGGGAGAGAUUGAUACCAGUCAUCAGGCUUCAGGAUCUCGGCAAUCAGGGAGGAGGAAUCUACACAUUUCUGGAUUCUCCUUAAACGGCGAGCAUUAG